AUGGUAGUCAGCGUAGCCAAAACUGAAUUGGACGGUAUUAUCCCACUAGUUGCUAGAGGUAAAGUCAGAGAUAUCUACGAAGUAGAUCCUGAAACAAUUUUAUUUGUAGCAACUGAUCGUAUCUCUGCUUACGAUGUGAUUAUGGAAAACACCGUUCCUGACAAGGGAGUACUAUUAACUAAAUUAUCAGAAUUUUGGUUCCAGUACCUUUCUAAGGAUGUCCGCAACCAUUUAGUUCCAAUUCCUCAGGGUAAAACUAUUUUUGAUUUUUUACCAUCUGAACUAAGUCAAGAGAAAUACAAAUCACAAUUAGAAGGUCGUUCCUUACUAGUGCACAAGUUUAAACUAAUCCCUCUCGAGGUCAUUGUACGUGGGUACAUUACUGGAUCAGCAUGGAAGGAAUAUACAAAGACAGGUACAGUUCAUUCGUUACCUCAACCUCAAGACCUGCGAGAAUCACAAGAAUUUCCUCGCCCUAUCUUCACUCCUUCUACCAAGGCUGAACAAGGUGAACAUGAUGAAAAUAUCUCUCCUGAAAAAGCAGCGGAGUUGGUGGGACAGGAUAUCGCUGAUAGAGUUGAAAAAUUGGCGGUUACGCUUUAUGGCAAAUGCAAAGAGUAUGCCAAGACAAAGGGUAUUAUCAUCGCAGACACAAAAUUUGAAUUUGGUAUUGAUGAAAAGACCAAUGAAAUUAUUUUGGUUGAUGAAGUCUUGACUCCAGAUUCAUCUAGAUUUUGGAAUGGUGCUCAUUACACUGUAGGCGAAACACAGGAGUCCUACGACAAGCAGUUUUUGAGGAAUUGGCUCACCUCGAACAAAUUAAACGGUGUGGAAGGUGUUAAGAUGCCCGAAGAUAUUGUGGAACAAACCAGGGCUAAAUAUAUCGAAGCUUACGAAACUUUGACAGGAACUAAGUACAAUUAA